UCAGAAAGUUUCAUUUGGCCAUCGCGAACUUUUGUAACACACCCUGCAUCGUCGAUUAAACGCAUCGUAUAUCUCAUACGGCCACGACCAAGAAGAAGACGAAGAGGACGCUAACGGUAGCACCAGUAAAUAUCGGAAAGGAGCUACGAUGACGUAAUCAGAAAGCGCCGUAGACGUUAGCAAACCAGUUAGCUCCGUUAGCCCGCAAUUUGAAAGGAGCUUACUGACAGCUUCAUAGCUCGUGCGGGCCAAUGUUUUAUCUUGGUAAAUGACCCAACAGCACCUCUGGUUCCUAGCAGCUGUUUGGUUUAGUCGUGGCUCGCCUUCAUUAUGACAGAGGAAGAUGAUUUACCAGCCAACUUUUUGACAGAGAAGAUGCAGCACAGCAGUGGAGAGCUGGUCCCUCCCGACGGCCUGUGUUGGUUGUCAGUACUGUUCUGUCUGAUGCUGGCUUGUUUUUAUGUUGGCAGCUUAUAUGUGUGGAGGAGUCACCUGCCGAGGGACCAUCCUGCUGUCAUAAAGAGACGCUUCACCAGCGUCCUGAUUGUGUCAGGUCUGUCGCCCCUGUUUGUGUGGGCAUGGAGAGAAUCUGCAGGUGUCGUGAAUGGCCCGUCUUUGCUGGUUCUCAUGGGAAUCCGGUUUGAAGGCCUCAUUCCUGCCAUUAUACUUCCUCUGCUCCUCACCAUGGUCCUGUUUCUGGGCCCACUCAUGCAGUUGGCCAUGGAUUGUCCGUGGAGCUUCACCGAUGGGAUCCGGGUGGCCUUUGACCCGUGGUUCUGGAUGUUGUGUGCCAACGAUAUGCGGUGGCUGAGGAAUCAAGUGGUGGCACCGCUAACUGAGGAGCUGGUGUUCAGAGCGUGCAUGUUGCCCAUGUUGGUGCCCUGUGCUGGUCCUUCUACUGCUAUCAUAACCUGUCCCCUCUUUUUCGGAGUGGCUCACUUCCACCAUGUGAUUGAGUUGCUGAGGUUCAGACAGGGCACUCUGUUGGGUAUUUUCCUCUCUGCAGUGUUUCAGUUUUCCUACACGGCAGUGUUUGGAGCCUACACAGCCUUCAUCUUCAUCAGAACAGGCCACCUGAUUGGUCCGGUACUUUGCCACUCCUUCUGUAACUACAUGGGUUUCCCUGCCAUCAGCACAGCUCUGGAGCACCCUUACCGACUCACUGUCCUCUCCUCCUAUUUACUGGGGGUCCUCCUCUUCUUUCUCCUUCUGUUCCCCUUCACCGACCCCUCCUAUUACAGCCUCCCAGUCUGCACCCUCACCUCCUUCCCCAGUUCCUCCUGCCUCUCCUGAUCCUUGUCCCACCCUCACAUUUCUACUGUCGUCAAGAAGUAAUUGAGGGUGUUUUUGCUUUUUUUUUAGUUUUUUUACUUGUUUUUUUUCCUCAUUAGCGUUAAGAGUUAAGGUCUGUUGGGCCAACAGUGACGACUCUGUUGCCACAGAGAGGGGAGGAACUCUGUAGACCUGUUCCUUGGGCUGUAGACACUUUGUUUGUCUGUAUUUAUGUGGCACCAGUCCUGUAACUGGUUCUCAUGGUGUGCAGACGGUAGAGUCGCGUUGCUGAGACUAAGCUGAGAAUAAACUGGGGCAGUCGAUUUCCAAAGACAGCUAAUGUGUCCUACACUGCCACACAGAUACAGGAUAGUACAGUAGACAUAACACAGAGGAACAAGUUCUCCUUAGACUGCUGGUAAAUCUCUGUGCUAAGGUACCACAGUAUACUCUGUGAUGGACUCCAUUCGGUCUGACUCGUUUGCUGCACCUCAGCCAUGUUUUCAUUAUCACGAUGGCUGCAAUCACAUCACUGACAUCACAUGACAGGUUGGAAACAAACGUACUUCCUGCUCCUUUCACCUGACUCGUUGUUUGUGAGGAACAUGACUAAUUUAUAUUUUCAACAAAUAGUCCGUUGUAUAUUGUGUAUAUGCAGAGUGAUGGGGAUUGCUAUGUUGCUAAUUAUUUUCACUUUCAUGCCAGUUUUCCACGGCAGGUUCCAGUUUGUAAUCUAGUCUCUGUUUAAAAUGAGUUUCUGUGAUUUCUUAGACUUUUCUACAUCGUGUGUGUGCAGACUGAACAGGACUCAUCUUUAAUUUAGCUUCAACUAAAUAAAACCCCAACACUUUGGGCCUAAUUUAAGAGAGAAGGAAGCAACGUGAACACAGCUUUACUACAAACAAGAGCUAGUCAAUGUUGCUGAAAUUGGUCACCAAAGGACAAAAGGUUUGUCACAACCCGUAUUGUGAUUGUUGCUGUUUUAACCAUCGUUCGCCAUCAGCAGGCAGAAAUACGAGAACUCAGGAUUGUCGCUGUUGAUGGCUCCCUCUUAAAUAAACCAGAUUAUGUAAACCACUUAUUUUUACAUCAUAUUGAAGCCAAACAAAUACAUUCAGCAACAACUGAAUAAAACCCAAGUAAACAGGAAGCUUUGAGUAAAUCUCAGUGACCUCAAGGUCAGAGGUCGAGUUCUCUAACACGCUUGUGAAUACAAAAACUAUAUCAUAACUAAGUCGUCUAGGAUUUUCAAAUUGAUACAGUUGGUGCGUCUACUAAAAAUCCUGAAAGAGUUUGAUUCUCAGUGACCUUGACCUCAGGGUCGGAGGUUUGAUACCAAAUGUGCAUCUAUAAGUAGCGCUGGCAGCAGCUGGUAUUUUUAAAGAGAGUAGUAUCUGUGACCAGUAAGAUGAUAAGCCCCAACUGGAAAACUUCUGAAUUGAACCCUGAAUGGCACAAUGUGCAAUGUACAGAGGUACAUUUCACCUGUGCAUGAUUAAGAAUAAUCAUGAGAGAAUAGUUACAACAACAGAACCAAACUCAAGCUUUAGCUGUUUGCACCAGACUUCUGUGACAUAACAGCGUGCCCUGACCCUUGUUCUUAGUGACAGACUGGUACAGUCACCCAGUGUCUCUGCUUGCUUCAUGUCCACUAGUAAGCCAGUAACUAAACAAAAAACCCAGAAAACUUGAAGACACAUAGCUGCACUCUUACUGUGAAGACAAAGUAAAUUGCUCUGACCUUCAGCAAUAAGUCCUACGUAUGGAAAAGGUUGUAGAUUGAUCUUCAGUCAGUGAAAUAGGCCAUUUUUGUUCGUAUGUAAUUCCAAAUAUUUUUCAUGUGGCGUGUCUUGUCUUGUUCUUACCUCCUUGAAGCUGUCAGUCGAGGGCAGCGAAGCACUUUGGGAAAUGCAGAAUGAACUGAUUGUAAGGAACAAAGGACCUUUCAGUUCUGUUUAUCAUCCCGAUGACAUCAGUCAUCUGGUACUGAAAAAUCAUUUCCCUCUAACUUAUCUCCUUGUCUGCUUCCUACUUUGACUUGUGUGCUUGAUUGCUCUGUUCAGUCCAGGCAGGUAAAAAGCGACGUGCUGAUAUGAUCACACAAUGAGGUGAAGGUUUUUUGCCCCCUUCUUUUCUCUAGUGAGAACCGUUAUUCACUAUUAUAGAAAACUUGGAGCAGUGGUGAACCUUCCCAGAGUGGCCAGCCGACUAAUAUUAGUCCAAGAGUGCAUCAAUGACUCACCCGAAGGAAACAAAAGAACCCAGAACAACAUCUAAAGAAUUGCAGGCCUGACUUUCCUUAGUUAGGGUCAGUGUUCGUCAUUGAAGAAUACAAAAAGAGGAAAAAAUGGCCUCUGUGGGAAAGUUCAGAGGUGGAAAAGAGGGCCGACCUAAACAAACACAAAUACUUCUGGGAAAAUAUUUUGUGCACCUGUGAGACAAAAAGUCAAGCCUUUUGGAAGACUACCCUCUCAGUAUAUCAGGUGUAACACUUAAUUUCCUACAAAUAACAUCAUGCCAACAGUCAAACAUGGGUGGUGGUGGUGGUGUAACUGUCAGGGCUGCUUUGUUGCUUCAGAGUCUGAGCAACAUGACCUGUAACUACGCUGUUGGUGGUCGAAAACCUUUCAUUGUGUCUGAAUUAAAACAAUUUUGCUUAGAAGAAUGGGCUGAAAGUCCUCCACAACAACGUGAACAACUCUGGUUGUGUAGUUAUUGGUCCCAGUACUACACAACCAGUUAUAAUAUUUAGGAGGCACCACUAGACAUGUGGCUGUGUGGUGAAAUAUUUGACUACUUACCCCAGUUUAUUUGUAUAACUGCUGAAUAGAAACAGUGCUGGCCUGUGCAUCAGUUUCACAUUGAUGGUAUGAUCCACCCCGUUCCAAAACACAGUGCCUGAACAUUUUAUUCAUGGGGUUUUUCUUACAUUUUACUGAAAGGUCUAGAAGAUUAUAUUAUUAUUUGAUUCAAAAGUAACUUUUCCAGAAAUACAAAAUAGUGUGCAGAAUCCAGUAGCCUCAUGAAGGAAGACUUAAUUCAAAUUAGAUCCAGUCUGGUAAUCAAGUCACCCACUGUGCUGGGUGAUUUACUCAUGAUUGAUGAGUGAAUCCACAAACAAUGCAUGCCAGUCAAUUCAGUUUUAUUUACAGAUAAGGGCAGGAAUGAUUGUCCCCAACUUGUUAGUAUUUGUUUUGGUCUUCACAACGAGCUCUGUAUGGUUUGGGCUGUCGUGUUGGAAGACGAAACGAUGACCCAGGUCCAGUUUUGCUGCUUGAGUUGUGCUUUAUCAUCUUCACAUAUCCUUCUUCAUGAUUCCUUCCUUCCUUGACAAGAUUCCCAGUUCCAGACACACUGAAGCAGCCCCGCAGCAUGAUGUGUUUGACUGCAGGGAUGGUGUACCUUGGGGGGUGUGGUCUUUGUGACCAGAGCGCUCCAAUUUCAUCUAAUCUGGUUGAAGAGCAUAUUUGCAGCAUGCACCAUUUUUCUCAGGGUUCUCCUUCGAUUACUUCAGUCUGGCUUUUUCUUGGUCUGCAGUCCUUUACUGAUUCCAAGCUUGGCUAAGUCAUUCACUAGAGUCUUGGCAGUUGUUCCGGGGUCUUGAGAACAUCUUUUACUAGUUUCCUUUCCAGAGUCUUUGAAAUGGUUCACCUCCUCGUCUACCGUGUUUUAUUUGUGCGCUGUGUGGUUCUCCUUGAGUUUCUCGAUCAUACUUCUUAUGCCAGUUUUGAAACCCAGUGAUAACUUUGUGUAGCCAUCUCCUGCUUUGUGAGCACCAACCUUUCUUUUCCUCAAGUCUUUCUUUUCAUUUUGGUGUGAUGUUUGACGACUCAAGCCCUCGCUAAAGUUUGUGUAUAAGUCAGAAGAUGACUCUCAGUUUUAUAAGAAGUUAAAGCACAUCUUUGCAGAGCGGGGCUUUGUGCAGGGGCCCAAUAAAGUCAGUUUGUCAGGGGGAUAACUACAUUGAACUUUGAUUAGGUUUUUAUGUGCAGAUAGAAGUAAUAUGUGCUUUCUAAAGAAUUUAAAAAUGCUAUUUUGAAAAUCCAGUGCUCUGUCAAAAGAGAUAAAUUGAAAACAGAAAAUUCCAGGGGUAAUAUUUUUGUCCUCAUCUGUGUGUCUCUAUAAAAUGACAUUCUUUAUGUAAAUGUGUUGUCAACAACAGUCACAGACAGAUAUCUGAACAGUUAAAGCUGCACUCCACACCUCUGCAGAGGGAACAUUAAGGCUAACAAGCCAGAUGUUGAGUAUUGAAAAGGAGGGUAUCAAUGCAGAACAUCCCAUCCUGUGUUUAAUAUAUUUCUAAAAGUAGAUUCAAUUCAGUUCAGUUUUAUUUAUAUGGCUCCAAAUCACAACAACAGUCGCCUCAAGUUGCUUUAAAGUUUAAGUCGUCAAGUUUGCUUGCUAACAUUUUCUUUUGAAGAUCCUGCUCCUGUAUGAUAGAGGCAGAAAAUGAGCCGCUGCUUCUACAGCUAGUUUAACUUGAUCGAACCCAGAGGAUGAAAGUAACAGCCUGAGAGUUAGAUACUUGAUUAUUUAUUGUUUUAUUAUUAGAAAAACAUCUAUAAAAUCAAGUGUUUCACGUUUCUGUCGUUGACAGAAGAAUGAGCCGCUACAUGUAAACAUGUCUGUCAUUUCUAAACACGAUGCGAUACUUUGGUUAAGACCUUUGAAUUAUAGCUGAAAAUCUAUAACUUGACUGUUUGAUUAAAAUCCACUUGAUUCACUGAAGUAAACAGAGGCAACAUUACAAAAACUCUUGUCUAAUUUUGGGCCUACCUCUAUGCAGAAAUAGGAUUAUUAAUAAUAUAUAAUAAACUGUGAAACUUUCAGAAGCUUAAGAAAAACUCAGCACAAAUUUGGUCUUUCUGGCUUGCACUACUUGAGCCCAGAGAAUGUAAACAUGUUCCAGUAAUACCAGCAUCAUUAACAGACUGGUUCUUAUGUAGCGCUUUUCCACUCAACUGGAGCACAACAUGCCUCAUUCACACCAGCUCUAAAAUUCAAUUCAAUCAUUUAUUGGAGAACAAAUUGGUUUUCAGUAUCAUGUCUAAGGAUACUUUGGCAUACAGACUGAGAUGAGACGAACCACCAACCUUCCAGUUGGUGCAUGACCUGACCUGAGAUACAGAGUCACAGUUACACAUGGGCGAUCUAUUUUACUGGGUUAAAUCACUAGCAUCUUAGUGCAAACACAUAAACUGAUUAAGACCAGGUUAUGUUCAGAGUUAAGGUUUAAAAUCAGGAAAAGCACGCAGUUAUUUUUAAAUUUACUUUUUGAUUUAAGUGCUGUAUAGAUCGACUGCUGUAAGAAUAUAUUUAUAUAUGCAAACUGAUAAUCACUACUCUCCUAAUUCCGACUGAAUGAAUCCCAGAUUUCCUGACUUUACCCAAAAUGAAAAUGCAACCCAUGAAAUGAGGCGAAACAUCCUGAAAUAAAAGUUUUCUGCAACUGCUCAGUUAUGUGGCCACUCACACAUCAAGUCAACAAAUACAUAUGCAUGCUGGGGGCCGGUAGCAUCAGUUAUAGUUCUUUGUGAGCAUGUGUAGUUUGAGUACAGAUCCUGUCCUGGUUUGAUUCACUUUCUUGCCUCUGACGUUACCUCACAGAGAUUGGAUAUACCCUUCAUACCAGGUGAAAGCAGCAGUUUCAAUCUAAUAGUCGUAGUAUUUUCUCCUCGUCUUGGUUUGACUGCAAGUGUUUCACUUUCCUCCCACUGACAUUACCUUGAAGAUGUGGGAUUGAUGAUCAAGAUGAUCAGACUGAAGCACUGGUUUGAGGCUUUUGUUUGUUUGUUUGUUUGUUUUUCUGUUUUUUCCUUGUUUUGGUUUGUUUGUUUUUUAUUGUUGUUGGAGAAAAAUACUUCCUCAUCCAAUAGUGAGUAUUUGCUACUGAAGAUGCACAACCUAAACAUGUGAAAUAAUAGGCGGAAGGCAGAGUCUAUUUUUGCUUAAACAGCUCCUUAUUUUCAUACAGAAAUGCAAAGGAAGAUUGUUUCACACGUGCAUAUGUGAAAUCUGAGACGUCUGCUGAAUCCAAACUCCAGAUAUUUGUAUCGAGCACUAUAUUUUGUAAUCAGAUGUAUUUUGGUGACAGUGUACAGAUAUGUGCAUGUAUUUUAUGCUCACUGUGUCCCACUUGUUUUACAGUUAGAGGCUACAGAACCAUGUUUUAGUACAACAGUCUUUUACAGGAAUUUUGCAUUUACUGCAAAAUAUAAAUUUGUAAAUAAAGAAUGUCGUUUUAUACAA